AUUCCAAGUUGCUGGCACACAUCAUCAGCAAUCAUUCCUAGUCAAUUGUUCAUUAAUACAUAAAAUAAUGCAAUCAGCCUCAGAGCCUCUUGAUCAGGCUUUUGCCGCCGCCCCACGGUGGGUUUUGCACGAUAUCCUCAAAGAGCUGUUCAGAGAAGUCGGCCCAGCUCGUGAGAUCAUCACAAAGAAGCUCGUCAUUACCGAGGAUCAAGCUCAAUGUGGAGAGAAUAACUCAUCAGGAGAAGGCGACACAUCUGAGGAUCUCGAAACAUCUGAUGAUAGUGAUGCGUCGAGUGAAGAACAAGAAGUCACGUCGGCAGCCCCAAAAACGAGUUCAAAAAGACUCCGACCACGCUACGCGUGGUGUAUCAAUUGUGAGAAAGAUUUUGACACGACUGAAAAUACUAAAAAGAGCUGUCGUUACCAUCCUGAGUACUGUGAGGCAGAUUCAGAUGAGUUUCCUGAUCACGAUGAAAGAUGUCAUGGACCAAUGGAUACGCCGGAAAAUCGUGAAAAUUUUCCUGACAGAUUUGUCUUUGAAUGUUGUGACAGGACCUUGGAGGAAGAACCUUGCAAAGUUGGUUGGCAUGUAGAAGAUACUGAGGGCCCGAUCAAGCGUCGUAAGAUCUAACGGUUUCGACCAGAGGACUCUGAGCGUUUUAGCGUUGCACAUACUUGUUAUAUAGGUACACAUCGAGAUCAUAUAGGCCUAUGCAGGCACUCUACCUAAGUAAGCCAAUAAACUAUCAGCAUUUUAUAUG